AUCAUGUCUCGCUGCAAAACGAGGGCGUGUACUAAUUAGCCCAAAGCCAAUCCGUGGCUGAGACAAGAGCAACAGGGCGGGGACAUCUGCCCAAUAGGAAGCGCUUGAAGGCGGGCCUGACAGUCUGUGGACGGCUACGGCGCCAUGAACAUCUUGCCAAAGAAGAGCUGGCAUGUCCGAAACAAGGACAAUGUCGCUCGCGUACGCCGUGACGAGGCGCAGGCCCGGGAGGAAGAGAAGGAGCGCGAACGCAGGGUGCUGCUUGCUGAGCAAGAGGCCCGCACAGAAUUCCUACGGAAGAAAGCCAGACAGCAGAAUGCGCUGCCUGCACUGGACAUCGCAGAGCCUGGAGCUCCAGAUUCUGGUCCAGUGAACCUGCUUCGGGAGCUGCUGGUGGAAGGCAAGGGGGUGACCACUGGAAACAAAGAGUACGAGGAAGAAAAGCGGCAGGAGAAAGAGAGGCAGGAGAAAGCGCUGGGCAUCCUUACCUAUCUGGGCCAGAGCGCCGCAGAGGCACAGACACAGCCCCCCUGGUACCAGCUCCCCCCACAGCGAGGGGCCCCCCAGCCAGAGCAGGCCCCAGACGAGAAGAUCAAGAGCCGCCUAGACCCCAUGCGGGAGAUGCAGAAGCAUUUGCGGAGGAAGAGGACGCACAGUGGGGAGGGGGGCGGCCCAGUGCAGAAGGAGCGGAAGGAGUCACUGCGGCCCAAGGGGCCCCCAUCGCUGGACCAGCUCCGAGCUGAGCGCCUCCGGCGGGAAGCAGCAGAGAGGGCCCGUGCAGAGGCCCUACUGGCCAAGGCCCAGGGAUGUAUGCCCCAGGAAGGUGAGCCUGAGGAGACUGACGACCGGCACCGGCGAUACAACUCACAGUUCAACCCCCAGCUGGCACGACGCCCCCGCCGGCAGGACACCCCUCCUGCACGCUGACCCCCAGGGUAACAGCAGAGGCUGCCACAGCCAGCCAUCAUAUAAAACUAUUUAUUCAUAAAUAUUUUCCAAAAUGAAAA